AUGCGGCGCGUUCUCAAACGUGGGGAUGAAAUUCCAAUGGUGAAGCCGACUGAUUAUGCAGAAAUGUUACCUUUGAUUCCGGAUCUAAUUAAACAUGCUUGCGAAGUUAAUGUCAAGUGCCGGCUGGAACCAAGCGCAUUCGACAUCACUUCAUUGUCACCUUUGCUUGCACCCACGUUUCUAAUACAUCCCGCGAACUCAACACAGUCUCUGUCGACAGACACAGCUGACCAGUCUUCGCUGGAUACAGAUCUUCUUACUUCAACAGAAAAUGUCAUUUUGCCACAAUGCAAAGACUCACUUGGUACGUUGUAGUG